ACUCCAACUCGCUGCACCUGUGCAGUUCGCCUCAGUGCGCUCGUGCACACGCGCUUGACGCUAUUUCCACCGGUUGACGUCCCGCCGUCGGACGGACCUGAGCAGCGCUGCUAUGCCGUCUCUGCGACACUCCUACACGGUGACGGUGCCGGAGGAACCGGCCGCUUUCCCCGUGGACAAGCCGGAGCUGCGGCGCAAGAGCUCGUCGCUGUCCCGAUCCAUGCUGGUGUCCACGUUCGUGGGUCUGAUCAUCAACCAGGCCAAGAACAAGAGCGCUCAGGGCCUCGUGGGCCUGAGGAACCUGGGAAACACAUGCUUCAUGAACUCCAUCCUCCAGUGUCUGAGCAACACUCCAGAGCUGAGGGACUACUGUCUGGGAAACACCCACCGCACGGACCUCCACAGCAGCAGGGCCAGCAGGGCUGCGCUCAUGGAGGAGUUUGCUCGGCUGACUCGAAGCCUGUGGACGUCCGCGAACGACGCCAUCAGCCCGUUCGAUUUCAAGAGCCAGAUCCAAAGAUACGCCCCGAAAUUUGUGGGCUGCAAUCAGCAGGACGCCCAGGAGUUCCUGCGCUUCCUACUGGACGGCCUCCAUAAUGAGGUGAACAGGGUGACGGUGCAGCCGGCGGCGUCCACAGAGGACCUGGAGCACCUCUCGGAUGAAGAGAAAGGCCGACGGAUGUGGAAUAUGUACCUGCAGAGGGAGGACAGCAAGGUCGUCGAUCUGUUCGUGGGACAGCUGAAAAGCUCCCUGACCUGCACCGACUGCGGCUUCCGCUCCACGGUGUUUGAUCCCUUUUGGGAUCUGUCCGUGCCAAUAGCGCAGAAGAACUCGGGCGGGGUCACUCUCAAAGACUGUUUGAGGCUCUUCACCAAAGAGGAUGUGCUGGACGGAGACGAGAGGCCGACGUGCAACAAAUGCAAAGCCCGAAAGAAAUGCACCAAAACAUUCAGCAUCCAGAAGUUCCCCCAGAUCCUCGUGAUUCAUCUGAAACGCUUCUCGGACUCGAACGCCCGCGCCAGCAAACUCUCCACGUACGUGAACUUCCCCCUCAAGGAGCUGGACCUGCGGGAGUUCGCGUCGGAGAGCAGCGAGCGCGCCGUCUAUAACCUGUACGCCGUCUCCAACCACUCGGGCAGCGCGCUGGGCGGCCACUACACCGCCUACUGCAAGAACCCCGCGCUGGGGGAGUGGUACAGCUACAACGACUCCAGGGUGAGCCCCAUGUCCUCCAGCCAGGUCCGCAGCAGCAACGCCUACGUCCUCUUCUACGAGCUGGUCUCCUCACACAGCAGAUAUCAGACGUGCAGGCUUUAGGUCCCGGGGACGAGCGGUGAGCUGGAGAAAGGCUUUGGGCGCCGCCCGCUGGGAGAGUGCGGCUCCGGUGGAGCCCAAAGAGGGUGCACGGGACCUGUUGCUCGCACCCAAACGCCCUUUGACCUCCGAGGGGCCGUGUGUUGUCACGGUUGCGCAUCAGGAGGUCAAACUGAGCUCGUGUCGAGUGGAGCUGAACGGACACUUGGGGGAGUUUCGCUCCCGGCUCUGGCUGUGAGUCAAACAGAGUCUAAGUUUGGAGACGCCUAUUGUGCAGACUUCAACAUACUUUAUGUGAUGCUCUGGUAAUAAAGGUGCAUGCUGUACUGUACAUAAACUUUACAGUCGCCUCUUCAAGAGAGGUUGUUUGUCACUUUAUAUUUUUGUACAGUAUUUAUAUACCUGGACAGAGAAUAUCAUUGUACUGUGAAAGGAAGAAAAUACAUCAGCUAUAAUUUGUCCAGGAUUAACGGAGUCUACAAUUGAUUAAAGUUUUAUAUUUA